CACACAAGCAUACACAAACACGCAUUCACACACACUCUGCGAGCUCUUCUCCGACAGAGGGGAGAGAGGGGAUAAACAGAGGGAGAGACUAUAGGAACGCAGCGGCUCGUGUGUGUGUGCGCGUGUGUGUUUGUGUGUGAAGGUACGCUCGCUCGGUGGUAGAAACGACUGGCGGGGCGGAUAUGGAGGGGCUCGGGAGAAACGCUGGGAACUGACCGAGAACCGAGACGAAAAAUAGGGAAAGAAAGAAGAGAGAAAAGAGGACGGACGGACGGACAGUACGGAAAGAAGGAAGGAAGGACGGAAGGAGAGGAGGAGAGAAGUCUGACAGAGGAGAGGAAGACUGUGAAGAAGGGGCUCGUCUGGCUGUUCUGGAACACAGAAAGAUCCUAAGGAGUGAGCCUUGGGCUGGAUGGGACCCACCAUGCCCCCCAGUAAGAAGGCCCAAAGCCCCAGUAGUGGCGCCAGUGCCUCGCAGGGUAUGAGCCCGCCAUACCGACAAGGGGACGCCGCCACGGCAGCAUCCGAGGCCGAGGCAGCCGACCUCUCGCUGUCCCUGUCCGCCUCCUUCUCCAAGGCUGAGGACGAGGAGCUCACCAGCCUCUCCUGGCUCCACGAGAGCACCGACCUCCUCAACAGCUUCAGCCACUCGGGGCUUCGUAGCGUCUCCCCCCUGCAGGACCCCGACGGUCAGCACUCGCGCUCGCCCUCCUCCUCGUCUCCUUCCCUGGAAGACGCUUUGCUCGGCGACGCACAUUCGGCGUACGACUUGGCGGCGGGAGCCAACAGAAAACCGCCGUACUCCUUCAGCUGCCUGAUCUUCAUGGCCAUCGAGGACGCGCCAAACAAGCGGCUGCCGGUGAAGGAUAUCUACGGCUGGAUCCUGGAGCACUUCCCUUACUUUGCAAGCGCCCCCACAGGCUGGAAGAACUCAGUGCGCCACAAUCUGUCGCUCAACAAGUGCUUCAAGAAGGUGGACAAAGACCGGAGCCAGAGCAUAGGCAAAGGCUCUCUGUGGUCCAUAGAUCCCGAGUACAGACACAACCUGAUCCAGGCGCUGAAGAAGACGCCGUAUCAUCCUUACUCACCCGGCCUGGCCACCCCCUCCACCUCCCCACCCACCCUGCCUCAGACAUUUCACCACAGUCCUCCAUUGUGGUCGGGAAGUCCCCUCUUCAGAAAGAACGGAGGAGUUCUCCUACAAGUUCCCCGUGGUGUGAUCCAAAAUGGCGCCCGUAUCCGUAGCCAGGCACUCUUCCCUGUGAUAAGACCCCUACCUGUAAGCCCUGUGGGGAGCAGAACCUCAGCCAUAAGAUCAUCCCUGGGAGAUUAUCUAAGCCGAGGACAGGACAGCCCGUCCCGCUACUCCCCGCCGCUCUGCAGCGAGGACCUCCAGGACGACCACACUUACAGCACCGCCAAAUCCCCCAGCAGGCUUUGCUCCCCUUCCUCCGGGAUGGACGACGACGACGACGACAUCAUCGCAGUGGAGAUCCAAUCGGACGUCAAACCCGAGCCCCGGGAGAUCCCGCUAGAUUCUCACAUCACCUCCGCCGCCGCCGCUGCUAACUACAUUUCCCAGCAGUCCCUGCGCGGACAGAGACGUAGCUCGGGGCCGGGCGCUGGGACUCUGGCAGGGAGCAGUUUGUGGACCAAAAACCGAGCGAGGGGCAUUAGCGACACGCUGCCCCUGAAGAAGCGGCGCGCGGCGGCGGUGGAGAAGCCGCCGGAGAGCGACGACGAGGAGAUGAAGGAGGCGGCAGGGUCACUGCUCCACCUGGCGGGGGUCCGAGCCUGCCUCAACAACAUCACAAACCGCACCGCCAAGGGCCAGAAGGAGCAGAAAGAGGCCCUGAGAAACUAACACACACGUAGUCACGCAAAACGGACGCCACACACACACACACACACACACACACACACACACACACACACACACACACACAUGAACACACAUACACAAAUAGGUCAACAGGUAACUACAGCAUUAGUCUCUACGGACAAGUCUCAUCUCCCUCUUUCUAUCUGCAGGGCAUUAGGUGAAUCCUACUUAUUUGUGGCAAUAUCAAAAAUCUAUGUUUUCCUACAUGUUCAGCAACACUAACAUCGAUGGGUAUUUCUCAUGUGUCUCUGUUGUUUUCGUUGUUUAAAAAGGGGAUGAAAGCCAUAAAAAAAACCACAACAACGCAUGUUUUGUCACUAAUUUGGACGACGCGACAAAACCAAAUCACAUUGAGGAGCGCGCAGUGCACGAACACAAAGGAUGGCUGUUUGUCUUACCUGUUUGUUUCUAUGUGAAUCUGUAGCAAUUUCGCAGUGAUGCCAGCAAAAAAAGACGACGGCAGCGGAGCCUUUUUCAAAAUCGAGACUUGGCGCUCUUCCCCGGGACGCUCGCUCGCAUCACUUCUCCGACAUCCACGAGCACAAAUGUGAGACUGUGCCAAAGAUAAAGCGACCAGGUUGCUUCAUGUAGCCGAUUACGACAGCUGACAAAAAAUGAAAAAAUAUAAAGAAGGCAUAGCGGUAAAGAAGAGCUAAGGGAGGACGACCUAAAGCGUCAAAAAUAAUUGUAAAACCCAAUGUGAUAUAUAUUCAUGCACUUAAGAUUAUUUAACACCACUUAUAAUAGAAGCAUCAUGGGGUUUAUUUCAAGAGCACUCAUAGUAUUUAAGAAUAGAUAUUUUAAAAUGAAAAAAAAAUGGUCAUGUUUAUCACCAUAGAGAUGGAUAGUGUGCCGGGUCUGAGGCAAUAUCUCCUUCAUUUUGUUGUUGUUGUUGCAUAAUGUAAAACGUCCCUGAAUCUUCCCCAGUACUUCUGUCCAUAGACGUAGACACUUGGUAUAGAUAUGGUAGCUACCAGUUAGCUACAACCACCUUCCUAUUCAUUUGACAAUGUCAAAGAAACUAUAUACAUGAACUGUGGGUUUUUAGAUUUCUGUUUGUGUCUGUUUACCCUCACUCUUCCCUCAUAAAGAUAUAAGCAAUUUGUCCCACGCGGGCAACUCUGUAAAAAGGUUAGAAAAUAUUUUAUUUUUUUCCUUUCUUAAUUGAAGCAAUUUGACCUGCAGGACUUUCUCAGUUAUAUUGCAUGGGUGCUUGUAAAUAAGAUAAAAAGCAAAUCUUUUUUAUUCAAAGAUCAUGUAAGAUAAACAAUGUAUUUAGCAUGAAGCAUGACUUAUUUUCAUAUAAACCUUGAUCCUAGAGGAAAGAAAAAAAGUUUUGCCGCCAAUUCUUAUACCCGUGAUUAUAAUGGAUUUAUUUUCUUUGUUUUUUUGUUUAGUUUGAAUCUUUUUGGGUUCUAUUUUUCCUCUGAGCGGGCUUUCAAAGACACGUCUUCAGGGAGGAGCGGGGGGGAUCACUCUGCACCUCUCGGGCUUCGGGUUCAGGCUCUGUAGGCCAGCUGGAUCACCUCUUAGGGGUGGGCUUCCGUCUUCUUCUGCCUGUACAGUGAUUUUUAGGUGUUCAAUGUUAACCCCAGUGUUAUUUCAGAACACAUCUGUAGAGUGUGUGAGUUUGUUUGUGUGCCCAGGAACACACACCCUUUAACAUUGUGCCUGCCUGCCUGCCUGCCCUCAGUACCUCUGUCGUCAUGUCCCCCCCGACAUGUCAGAACGUUUCACGUCUUUAUUUAUAACAGUAUUGUUUACUUUUUCUCUCCUGUGUGUAAAUGUACAUGUGUCCUUAUUUUCCCAUCGGCAUAGUCAGUGUAAAUGUUUGGAUCGGACGGGCAUGGGAAACUUUGAAAGAACCUCAUAUCUCCAAACGUAGGUGUUGAAAAGAAAGAGGAAUGUAGGAGAUGGCAUCGUUUUUUUUAAUUUACAAACAGUAUUGUACCCUUUGAUUAAAGGACUCACUUGUGGAUGUCAAGCUUGUAUACAUAUCUAUCUCAAGAGCUCUGUCUGGAGGUGUUUAUUUAAAUAUAUGUUGCCAAUCUACAAGACAAUAUCAUGGAAAUCCACAAGGGUCAGUUGGGGGCUUUGACAUUUUUGCAUCAGAAGUGAUAUAAAUACCACACUGCCAUAGAGUGGUGCGGUGAUGACGUAUUUCUGUAGGCCGACCGGGAAGUCAUAGCAAGGGCUCCCUCGACAAAAAACAAUAGGAUGUUUCCAUUGGAUUGUGGAAUAUUGCAGAAAAUAAGAUCUUUGGCAAACACACAUUUAUGAAAUGUAUAAUUUUUGUUGAGCAGUAUUAUCUCUACAAAUUAACACCCCUUUGAUGAUUUUUAGAGCGUAAAUUAAGUAAAAUGCCAACGUUAUGCUAUAAAGAAAACUACAUCACGCUCGCAUGACUUUACUUCACUACCGCUAAGCUAACGGCGGCUAACGUUCGACCUGAUGACGAUUUGUAGUUUUUUGUUUUAAAGAAAUCGCAAUUUUUACGACACCAGUCGGGUUUUUUCUGACUUAUUUUAUGUCGUAAAACACAACCUGAACAUCUCUUAAGCUUGUGUUUACCACAGAUCUUAUUUUAGGCAUCCAAAAACACGUUCAAAAAGACGUUGACUUCCAGACGAGGGAAUCAAAAAUGCGAACUCAAUCCUGGGUUUAAGGACUCAUUCCUGCACCACUCUAUUAUUCCGCAAACAGUAAUGCAUAAAGUAUUAAAUCCCCUCCACUUGCAGCUUUUCAGGAUAAAAUCAGGCUGGGUUUGGUUGUAGCAGCAGUCACAAGUUUUAUUUUGUUUUCUUUGUCGAGUGAUAGUCAGCGAGCCAAGCAGGCAAACAAAUGCAUGUCCCAUCCUCCGGUACAGUCUUUUGCCACCUGUAGCAUGCAUCACUGGCUUCGCAUUUUGUAUGGUAUCCAUGCCGACAUAUUAAAAAAAGGCUAAAAGGAGACACUGUCUUGUUGUGUGUUCUGAUAUCUGUCAUUGAGUGCUCCCGCGGCCCAGGUCAAGCACUCUGCUGUAUUUGUGGCAACAAUCCACUGUUGUGGUGACUAAUAACGUGUUCAGCUGGCAAGAGGCAUGUCGAGGGGGAACAAAAUCCACCUUUUUUCCCUCUGACUCACUCGGUGACAUGCAGGAGGGAUGAACUCCUGACCUUUGAGUCUUGCAAAAACACACAAAUAUACUAUUAAAGCAAAGGAAAUAUACUUCACUGCCUAAAAAGCCCCUUAAAACAAGUGUUAGUUUCAAACCUGCCAAACAUACAAAUGAAACGCUCUUAAAAUAUACAGUUGCCAUUUUUCUUUCGUUAUGCGCGUUUUCAUGUUCUGUUUUGUUUUUCUCUCUCUGACAAAAUUAUCUACAAUACUGCCAUUUUUUUUUUAGUGACUGUCUGAGUAUUGGAAAGCCAUAGGUUAGAGAUGUCAAAAUGCAAAACUGUUAUUGAUCUGUGAGAUGUGAUGCAGAGUGCUCCCGGGUGUAGUUGUUUUUUUUUGUUUUUUGUUCAGUUAAUGUUCAAUUCUCUCCUUAUUGUGCAAUCAUAUUGCCAAAGAAUGAUUUCAAGACCUAUUUCAUCACUACAUGUAAAUAUCAACGUUGUCCAAUACCGUGGCAAAAAAUAUAUAAAUGUUGUUUUAUUUUGUUUUCCAUUUUCUGAAAAACUGCAAUGAUGUUUAUGUGAUGUAUUGUCUUCCAGUUGGUUGCAAUAAUAAAAAAUACAAGUUGCAGAAGA